AUGGUAAUAGGCACCACGCAGCCUCCAUCAGCCUGGAGCGUCGAGAGGGAGCAAGCCCUGCGUGAUCAACAGCGAAACCUUAUCCUUUUGACGGACGAGUGCUUGACCUAUGCGCGAGAGGAAUCAGGUCUUCCCUCUCUACUCCAAAGAGCAACCUACGCAGUUAUUCAAAGGAUACGACUAUCAGUGGCUAAGCUGGAAGUCAGACUCGAAGAUACAGAAACAGCGUCGAAACAGCACUUUGCUUUUGGUUUACGCACGUCACGUUUGUACAACGUUCGGUGUGACUCCAAGUGGGAGGAGCAGCCCCAGCAGUCCAACAAGAAUGGCGCAUCCUGCAGCGGCGAUGUAGCUUCUCCACUCGCCUCGCAAGAUGCAUCCCCUAAGAGCUGGUUUGGUUGGCUAAGAAAACUUCGCAAUCAUCAAGAUAUCAGGGGCAGUGAUGAGAAGAUACCUGAAUGUUUCCACUUGAAAACCGUCAUGGAGCAAGCUUGUCUUUACCUUGAGCCUAUCAACGAUGGACACGAACAUGCGUCAUGGGUACCAUACCCAGCUGCAUACAGGGCAGCGAUCCUUCAAGAUGUGGAAAAGGUGUUACUUGGGAAUGACCCUUCCCUUAAACUAACUGAAGCUACGCUUUCGUCUCAUUUGCGCAAGCCAGGCCAAAAUGCAGGGCUCGGCAUGGCUAGCGCUUUACCGCUUGCUGCCUUGAGCCAAGCCUUGCUCAGUAAAAGGCUGCGUGGUACUUCCAUGUCUGAAAGACGCAAGCCCAUACCAGAAGAUACUGACGAUGACCAACAGCUAACGAGCCUUCAUACGGCAAGGCGUGAAGCAGCGCUCUCGAAAAGACGCUCGGCAGAAACAGCGCUGGGCUUUCAACACAGCUCACAAGAGGACUCCAGUGGUCGGCCUGCUGCGACUUCGGGAAAAGCAAAAGACACGAAGACACAUUUGUCAAAUGCAGAAGCGCGUCACGAGGACAAUGAACAUGGACUCUUGCGUUUUAGUGAUCUGUACUGCCCGACAGAGUUGUGGAGGAUUGCAAAUCAGACAGGCCCACAUCAUCUGUACAUCUUCAAGCCAAGCGAGGUAGAGCUCAGGGUGAGGUGCGUGCAGCGUCCUACAGCUCCUUCUCCGGAAACUGAAAGGACGUUCCCGCGUCCUUUCCCAGUUGCCUCUUAUUCGAACUCAGGAGGUAAUGAGACUGUUGGGAGCUCGCAGAACACACGAGAACCCCAAGGUAGAGCAGCACUUACGUUGGAUUCGGAUGAGGAGCCGCUCCCUGCUAUAACAAUCACUGUCCUAUCAAGGAGGAGUCUCCUGCAGUUCACGCCGUUUCAGGUAGCAUGUAUUUUUCGUUGGGCCCACUAUGCAAUUAUUUUGUACCAGGAAUUCGUUUCUGGAGUUUAUGCGGAAUGCCUGUAA